AUGGCAGCUACAGAGGCUGUCGCGGAUGGGCCCGACGACGAGGAUGAUGCAGUCAGACGCCCAGUAUCCGACCCUCUCACCGGUCUAGAUUUUCUUAGGUCUGUCCUACCGAAGCACAAUCCACCUCCAACGCCACCGUCGCAACCUAGCUCGAGCCGCCCACCUAUUCCCAGAGACACCACACCUCUGCACGAGGCCGUCACUGAACCAGCGACCGCUGCGCAACAGGCGGUGCCCCAUGAGGCGUCUGUUGGUGCACCUUCUCGUCCCGCGCCACCGUCGAAGCUGCGGUACCGGCAGUCCACCCUUGUGCGUAUUUGCCUGGAGUUUGCGGGAUUGAAUGGCAAGUGUGGGCGGCGUACCGAGGGAGCUACAGACGUGCAGACACAGUCCUUCAAGAAGCACGAAGGGACGGUGAAGCACCGAUUUGCUCUGCAGCGCCAGGAGGACUUGCUGCAGAAGUACGGGCGGCAGCAGCGCAUCGACAUGCACCCGAAAGCGCAAGACAUGGAGCUGCUGCAGGUGUCGUCGCUCGUCGACUCGCUGUACUUCAUGGGGAAGUGCAACGAGCCCAUGGACUCGUGGAUCCGGCUCGUGCGCUACCUGGCGAAGAAGAAAGUGCCCGGGGAGGCCUUGGCUGCCAAGGCCGCAGCGGAGAAGAUACCCACCUUCAACAUGGUCGACGACGUGAUCCGCGCCGUCGCAGAGUACCUCGGGCGAUCGGGGCCGUGGCAUCAGCGCUUCAUGGAGCUCCAGGAGGUGUUCACGUCCACCAUCCUCGAGGUUCAAGGCAUACACGACGUGCGGUGGCUGUCCAGAGGAGCUGCAGUUGCCCGCUUCGUCCAAGUCCUACCUGCCAUCAUGGUCAUGUUGUCGGAGUGGAAGGACCAGACCAUGUACGAACUCGUCACGUCGUACAGGUUCCAGUUCCUCAUCAGGUUCCUCGCGGACAUGCUGGAGCAGCUCAACGUCCUCUCCUCAGUUUUUCAGAAGCGAGAACUCGACUACGCGCUGGUGCACACGCAUAUUGUGCGCACCACAUCGAUCCUGGAGGCUCGGUACGUCGACUGUGGAGACGACUUCGGGGGGGGGCCGACCGAGAGGCUCUACCGCUUCAUUGAGAAGCACGGUCCGGGAGGGACACCAGAAAUGGUGGUGGAAGGAGCAUCGUCCGACGGCAGUAUGAACCGCUUCAAGGUGAAGCUUCACGAACGCACCAACCCAAGCUAUCGUGGGCCUGGUCAUCACCACGCCUGCGUUGCGCUCUGCACCGACAUGGCCGAGCUCGUUGUCGAGCAGCUCCAGUCCAAGCUCGGCGACCUUGACUCACUUUCCGGAGUGCGGCUGUUUAUUCCAGAGAUGUGGCAACCUCACUGGGACCGGGACGCACGGCAGGCACAGUGCCUGGAGUGGCUGAUGUCGCUUGUCACGUUGUUUCGUGCAGAUGAAGCCGACGAGAUACUACCUGGUAUGGUUUUGUGUCACCCCGCCCCUUUCCCCCUUUGGCUAUGGCUCGUUUACUAA